AUGGUCAAAUCCGAUCUGCACAUUGUCGCUGAAAAGCUGGAUCCCAAGAGCAUCUCGGCCGAAACGGAAAGGUUCAACAAUGAUCUAAUUCAAAUCAUGAAGGGCGGCCCGAGAUGGUGGGAGGUGCUAAUAGUACCGCAGGUCGGCGCAGCAAAGUACCGAUCAAUGCGAAGGAAUGGCGAAACGCCUCUCCCCAAGCCGGUGUUGCUGGACAGCGGCAAAGACAUCAAACUGCCCUCGCGCGAGAAAGGGCGCGAGAUCCCAUGUCGAGUCUUCGUUCCCGAGUCCGGCAAGUCCCAGGGCAUCUUCUACCACAUCCACGGCGGAGGCUGGGUGCUGCAGGACGAGAAGUCGCAGGACAUCUUGCUCAAGAACCUCGCCGACGGCGCCGGCUUGACCGUCGUCAGCGUCGGGUAUCGCCUGGCUCCUGAACAUCCUUACCCAGCCGGCAACGAAGACUGCUUCGACAUUGCUGAGUACCUGGUCGACAAUGCGGAGAAGGAGUUCGGCGGCCGCUUGUUGUUCGUCGGAGGCGAAUCCGCCGGCGGCCACCUCACCGUCGUCACCACUUUCCACCUCCUCCGCGCCCGGCCCAACUUUGCCUUCAAAGGCAUUCUGCCUCAUUACGGCUGCUUCGACAUCAGCGGUUUCCAGCCCAACGCCCACCACUUUGACCUCCCCCUCGUUCUCGACCUGGAGAUCAUGCAGCAUUUCGCCGCGGCUUACGUCCCCAACUCCACCGAAGCGGACCGCCGGAAACCAGAGAUCUCACCUUUAUUCGCCGAUUUGACGAAGCUGAAGUGCCCGCCUGCGCUGUUCACUUGUGGCACGCUGGAUCCCCUGCUGGAUGAUAGCGUGUUUAUGUCGACGAAAUGGUUGAUGAGUGGAGCCGAGGCCAUUUUGAAGCUGUAUCCCGGCGCGCCACAUGGCUUUACGUUGUUCCCGCCGUCGGUGCGGACGGAGACGGUGAAGGACUGCUUAGACGACACUUUGGAGUUCAUCAAAGACAAGAUUGGUGGAACAUAGAGAGGUGCAUGGACGACGAGCAAUGGGCGUGCAUCUGUG